AGCACGGGGAAUCCUGUAGCCAGUUCUGCAUCAAUUGUGGACCGAACUCUUGUUGCGACCUGUAAGGACUCUAUUGGCUGGAUGUUCUCUAAGCUGGACACGAACAGUGACCUGUAUCUGGAUCAAGCUGAGCUGUCUGCCAUUAAUCUGGACAAGUAUGAAGUGUGCAUACGGCCCUUCUUCAACUCCUGUGACUCCUACCAUGAUGGAAAAGUCUCCACAGCCGAGUGGUGCCUCUGCUUUUGGAGAGAAAAGCCUCCCUGCCUGGCUGAGCUAGAGCGAAUCCAAGUGCAAGAAGGAGCCAAGAAGAAUCCAGGUAAGAAUGAACGCUCUGCUGGGACUCGCU